UCGCCCAGCUGUCCGACGUGGCCAGGACAAGCCACGUGGCGUCGGGGUCAACUAUAAGACCCUCGCCCCCUUAUCGAACCCACCGUCGAUGCUCGAAUGUCGCAAUCUCUCCUCCUUCCAGUCUUCCUCUCCGUUUUACAAAUCAAUAGUUACAUAUUCAGAGAUAGAGAGAGAAUUGUAGAUAGACCCUAGGGUUUGUAGGAUGGGGACGCCGUUGACGGGGCGCGACGCCGGUGGAGGAGUGGCGGUGCUGAGUCCGGUGGAUUCGAAUUCGACGUUAUCCAAGGCUUGCGUGGACGAUUCGGACCUCAAAUCCCCGAUUUUAAUCUUCCUGUUCUUCCACAAGGCUAUACGGCUGGAGCUCGACGAGCUUCAGCGAUCCGCCAUGGCCUUCGCCACUGGCCAGCUCGCCGACUUACAGCCUUUGUUCGACCGCUGCCAUUUCGUUCGGUUGAUUUACAAGCACCAUUGCAAUGCCGAGGAUGAGGUCAUCUUUCCAGCUCUUGAUUUUCGAGUGAAGAAUGUGGCACAGGCAUACUCAUUAGAGCACAAAGGAGAAAGUGAUCUGUUUGACCUUUUAUUUGAGCUGCUAAAUUCUAAUCAAGAAAGAGAUGAAAUUUUUUCUAGAGAGCUAGUUUCAUGUGCAGGAGCCCUUCAGACAUCACUUAACCAGCACAUGUCAAAAGAAGAGGAGCAGGUUUUCCCCUUGCUUAUUGAGAAGUUCUCUUUUGAAGAGCAGGCAUCCUUGAUCUGGCAGUUCUUGUGCAGCAUUCCUGUGAAUUUAAUGACAAAAUUCCUCCCUUGGCUUUUAUCUUCUAUUUCACCUGAUGAGGGUCAGGUGAUGCUGAAGUUUUUGCAGAAGAUAGUCCCAAAAGAGAAGCUUCUACAACAGGUUAUAUUUUCCUGGAUGGAAGGGAUGAACACUAGCAACAGGACUAGAAAUCUUGAUGGUGAUUCCCAUAUCCAGUGUUCAACAAACUCUAGUGCUUGUGGAAAAUUAACCCAUGAAACAGACAAAGUAACCUGUGCAUGCAAAUCUUCCAAGACUGGGAAGAGGAAAUACUUGGGAUCAAUUGGUAAUGAUUGUGAUGCCUAUGAGAUGCAUCCAAUAAAUGAAAUAUUGCAUUGGCAUAAUGCUAUAAAAAGAGAGUUGAAUGACAUAGCAGAGGAAGCUAGGAAAAUACAGCUGUCUGGGGAUUUUUCUAAUUUAGCAGCAUUAAAUGAAAGGCUCCAGUUUAUAGCUGAAGUUUGCAUAUUUCACAGUAUAGCUGAGGACAAAGUCAUAUUCCCUGCCGUAGAUGGAGAAUUAUCAUUCUUCCAGGAACAUGCUGAAGAAGAAAGUCAAUUUAACCAAUUUCGUUCUCUAAUUGAAAAUAUUCAGGGUGGAGGGUUCAAUGCUUCUUCUGCUGCUGAAUUUUAUGCAAAAUUAUGUUCACACGCUGAUCAUAUAAUGGAAACCAUACAGAGCCACUUUGAAAAUGAGGAAGCUCAGGUUCUUCCACUUGCUCGAAAACAUUUCAGCUUCAAAAGACAGCGGGAACUGUUGUAUCAGAGUUUGUGCGUGAUGCCACUGAAAUUGAUUGAACGUGUGUUACCAUGGCUGGUGGGAUCACUGACUGAAGACGAAGCCUCAAGUUUCCUUAGAAACAUGUAUAUGGCAGCUCCGGCAAUGGAUACUGCUCUAGUAACGCUUUUUUCAGGUUGGGCAUGCAAGGGACGCCAGCAGGGUACAUGUUUGUCCUCUGGUGCAAUUGGUUGUUGUCCUGUGAAAAGGUUCACAGACAUCGAAGAAGAUUUUGUUCCGCCAUCUUGCCCAUGCCCACUCUUAGUUCAGAUGGAUGAAGUUGAAAGACCAGUCAAGCGAAACGUUUCAAUGCUCAGUGAAAAAGAUGAUGUAGAUAACCAUCUAGAGACUGUAAAUGACGAUUAUCAGAAUCGUAGAGAACGAUCUUGCUGUGUCCCAGGUCUGGGAGUGAGCGGUAAUAAUCUGGGACUGAGUACUCUUUCUACAGUGAAAUCGUGGCGUUCUUUAUCCUUCAGUUCAUCUCCUCCUUCACUUAAUUCCAGUCUUUUCUGUUGGGAAUCAGAUAAUAGCUCUUCUGACGUUGGGCGCAUAGUGCAUCCAAUUGAUACUAUUUUUAAGUUUCAUAAAGCCAUUCGCAAAGAUUUGGAGUAUUUAGAUGUUGAAUCUGGAAAACUUAGCCAUUGUGAUGAGUCAUUUCUUAGAUGGUUCACUGGAAGAUUUCGCCUGCUAUGGGGUCUAUAUAGAGCUCAUAGUAAUGCAGAAGAUGAAAUAGUUUUUCCAGCAUUGGAAUCCAAAGAGGCACUUCACAAUGUUUCUCACUCGUACACGUUGGACCAUAAGCAGGAAGAAAAAUUGUUUGAAGAUAUUUCUUCUGCCCUUUCUGACCUUUCAUACCUUCAUGAAGGCUUGAAGGGUGGCCAUUCGAUGGAGGAUUCAACUAGCAGUAAUGUUGAAUUCUCUACUGGCCAUGAUGGUGAUAGCAUGAGAAACUACAGUGAGCUAGCUACAAAGCUUCAAGGGAUGUGCAAGUCAAUAAGAGUCAGCCUAGACCAUCAUCUGUUCCGGGAAGAACAUGAAUUGUGGCCAUUGUUUGGUAAACAUUUUUCUCUGGAGGAGCAGGACAAAAUUGUUGGCCGCAUUAUUGGGAGUACAGGUGCUGAAGUGCUCCAGUCAAUGUUACCUUGGGUAACAUCUGCACUUACUCAAGAUGAGCAAAAUAAAAUGAUGGACACAUGGAAGCACGCAACAAAAAACACAAUGUUUAAUGAAUGGCUUGAUGAAUUUUGGAAAGGAACUCAAGAAUUAUCGUUACAGCCCGAUACAUCGGAAGACAGUAAUUCUUGUAAAGGUAUUGAUUCUCGGGAAAGCAUGGACCUGAGUGACCAGAUGUUUAAGCCUGGCUGGAAGGAUAUUUUUCUAAUGAAUCAAAAUGAACUGGAGGCUGAGAUUAGAAAGGUUUAUUGUGACUCAACUCUUGAUCCAAGGAGAAAAUCAUAUCUUGUUCAGAAUCUUAUGACUAGUCGUUGGAUAGCUGCACAGCAGAAGUCAACUCAAGCAGCAGAAAGUGAAGCUUCUGAUGGUGAAGGUAUACCAGGAUGCUCACCAUCAUUUAAGGAUUCAGAGAAACGGGUCUUUGGAUGUGACCACUACAAGAGAAACUGUAAGCUUCGUGCUGCUUGCUGUGGAAAAUUGUUUACAUGCAGGUUCUGCCAUGACAAUGUGAGCGACCACUCAAUGGAUAGGAAAGCAACAACAGAAAUGAUGUGCAUGCGCUGCUUAAAAAUUCAGGCAGUAGGACCUGUUUGCACAACACCUUCAUGCAAUGGGCUUUCCAUGGCAAAGUACUAUUGUAGCAUAUGCAAGUUUUUUGAUGACGAGAGGACCGUCUAUCAUUGUCCAUAUUGCAAUUUAUGCCGACUUGGGAGAGGUCUUGGUGUCGAUUUUUUUCAUUGCAUGAAAUGUAAUUGUUGUUUGGCCUUGAAGUUAGUAAACCACAAAUGUCUGGAGAAAAGUUUAGAAACAAACUGUCCCAUCUGCUGCGAGUUCUUGUUCACAUCAAGUGCAACAGUCAGGGGUCUACCUUGUGGCCAUUACAUGCAUUCAGCUUGUUUCCAGGCAUAUGCGUCCAGGAAUUACAUAUGUCCAAUAUGUUGCAAAUCCAUGGGAGAUAUGGCGGUUUACUUCGGUAUGCUUGAUGCUCUCUUGGCUACCGAGGAGCUUCCAGAGGAAUACAGGGAUCGUGUUCAGGAUGUACUGUGUAACGACUGCGAACACAAGGGCACGACCCGGUUCCACUGGCUAUAUCACAAGUGUGGGUUCUGUGGAUCAUAUAACACUCGAGUGAUCAAAACAGAGUCCAGAAGUUCCGACUGCCCUGCAUCCAACAACCAGUGAAAGGUUUCUUCAUUUUUCUCGAUCCAGUAUGAUGAGAAUAGCUUGUAAAUACUUGUACAGAGCAUGCUCUCAAAAUUUGUUCCCCAAACUUUUGAUUCCGUGCCCAAAAUACCAACCAACUUCACAUCUGCUGCUGCUCAAUGAUUUCAUGUAUACAUAGUAAUGGGGUCAGAACAGAGGAGAAUCUCCAACUCUUCUUCCUAAGCUUAUAUUUUCUAUUUAGUUAAAUACAUUAGGGUAAGUUUCACCCCCACCCACCCUCGCGGUUUCAGUCAUUUUUACAACCACUUUUUUUUUUAAGCAUAGCAGAAAUAACUUUAAAUGUCUAUUUGGAGGUUCGAACUUAUAAUCUCAUGCUGCUUGUGAGGUGUUAGUCAUCA